AUGCAUUUCUCCAGCCUUUUCAGCUCGGCAGCGCUCCUUGCCCUCGCCUCCGCAUCUGUUCUUCCUCUCACGCAAAGAGAUAACUGCAUUCCCGCAGUUACUGCCCACCAGAUCGUUGAUGACUUUAUCAAGACCUUGACGGAAUUUGACGAGAAGAACGCACAGAACCUUCUGGCCGACGCUCACUUCAGCGACACCUCCUCUUCAAUCAAUUUCUUCACCGGAGCACCGCUCGACGGCUACACCUUCCCCAACAAGACUGCGUUCAUUGGUGGUCAAGGUGCACAGCCCCCGGUGGAUGUUAAGCUCAUCAAGAUGGAUUCAGUCACAUGUGAUGGUAUCAUCGCCUUCAGAUGGGUGGCCAACUUCGACAAGACAAUUGCCAAGGGUAUCAAUAUCCUCUAUACCAAACUCGUCGGCACCGACCCCAAUGUGGUUGGGCCAAAGGGUUACCAGAUCCAGACCAUCUUCAGCGAGUUCAACUCGGCUACGUGGAACAUCGGCUUCGGCGGUACCACCACUCCUCCUCAGCAGUCUGCUGUGCUCAAGAUGUAG